AUGCGGCUGUGUCUCACUUCCAUGCGACUCUCCUUCCUCAUUGCCCCUCUUCCUUCUCCACUCCCCCCUGCCCACCACCAUCAGAUGAACGCGGUGGUGGCGGAGCUCAUGGUGCUGGCCAAUGCUGCCGUCGCCCGCAAGCUCACAAGGGCCUUCCUAGCAACCGCCUUCCUGCGGCGCCAUGCUCCUCCUCGCCCAAACGGCUUCCGCCAUCUCAUGCAUUGCUGUGCGGUGCGAGGCAUCGCGCUUGAAACGUCGACAAACAAGGCGCUAGCAGCAUCGCUGGCAGCAGUGAAGCACCUGGGAGACCCCGUCCUGGACCACUCCUUCAUGCUUCCCUCUCCCGCCCGUCCUCCCCCCAGCCUCUACUCCCACUUCACCUCGCCCAUUCGCCGCUAUGCUGACCUGCUCGUGCACCGGCAGCUGCUGGCAGCGCUGCAGCAAGAGAAGCGGGAUAGAGGGGAGGCGGGCGGGAAGCAGGGAGGGAAAGGCACUGCCGAGGGGGUGGAUGGGAAGGGGGGGACGGUUGAAGAGGCAGAUGGGGUUGGAGGGAGGGGGCAGGGCGGAGCAGAGGAGGGGAGAGCAGGGAGGGGAGGGCGGUCGGGUGGAGGAGGAAGGGGAAGGAGAAAGGCGUGGGGCGCUGCAGCUAAAGUGUGGGGAGGGGAGGGAGUGAGGGAGGAGGAGGGGGUGGGGGAGGAAAUGGUUGGGGGGAGGGAUCCAGUGGAGGAGAGGCCUGACAGAGCUGAGCAACGGAAAGAAGUGGGAGAGGAGGAGGAGGCGGUGGAGAGAGGGUCACGAGGCAUGGAUUGGGACAAGGUGAGGCUCGUGGCAUGUGGAAGGCAAGAUGACAUGUGA